AUGGAACUUCUGGUGUUCCAUUCCAUUCGAAUGAGCGUGGUGCUCAGCGUGCGACCUCCCCUGCCCAGCGUGGGACCUCCCCUGCCCAGCGUGCGACCUCCCCUGCCCAGCGUGCGACCUCCCCUGCCCAGCCAUAACACAUCAGGAAAUACCCAGGCUGAGUUAACAUCUCUGUACCAAGGACUGCUGGCUGCUGAAGAACAGGCAGUUCAGAUAUCCAAGGAACUCAGUGGGAUUUUGGACAACCUCAGACAUCUCAACAGGGUUGAGAACUCCAGCAUGCUGACAGAAGGUUAUGUGCAGAGCCGUCCACAGAUGACCAUCCUUUCACACUUGCCCAAUGCUUACCUCUACCUGCGCCACCUGAAGGGCCGUGAGGACAACCUGGUACCCAAUGUGCUUCUCGGAAAAGGGAGAAAAGGAGUGUCCUUGGUGUUGGGCAUUCCCACGGUGAAACGGGAGAAGCAGAUGUACCUGGAGAGCACACUAAGCUCGCUCUUCUACGACUUAACCCCAGAGGAACAUGCCGACAUUGUCGUCAUCGUCUUUGUGGCGGAGGUUGACACUGCAUAUAUUACCAAUGUGACUGAAAGCAUAAAGGUGACCUUCCCGGCUUAGGUCAAGUCUGGUCUUCUGGAAGUCGUGUCUCCUCCUCCGUCUUUCUACCCCAACUUCAACGAUCUCAAAGAAACCUUCGGCGACACCAGAGAGAGAGUAAAGUGGCGAACGAAACAGAACCUGGAUUUCAGCUUCCUGAUGCUAUACGCUCAGUCUAAAGGAUCUUAUUAUGUGCAGUUGGAAGACGACAUUGUUGCGAAACUUGGCUAUUCUACGACGAUGAAGAACUUCGUAAGUCAGCAGACCUCUCAGGACUGGCUGGUGUUGGAGUUUUCGCAGCUGGGAUUUAUUGGCAAAAUGUUCCGAGCCUCAGAUAUUCCAGUGCUGGUGGACUUCAUUCUGAUGUUCUAUAAGGACAAACCCAUCGACUGGCUCCUGGAUCAUUUUCUGUGGGUGAAAGUGUGCAACCCUGAAAAGGAUGUGAUGCACUGUAACAGAGAGAAGGACAGCGUUAAGCGUCAGUACAAGCCCUCUCUCUUUCAACACGUGGGACUCCAUUCCUCACUGCCUGGGAAGAUCCAGAAUUUGAAGGACAAGGACUUUGGGAAUCAAAUCCUGUUCAAAAGCCACCGCAACCCCCAUGCAGAGCUGACAAGUAGCCUGAGUGUCUACCAGAGCCACACACUGCAACGGGCCUACCUGGGAGUGGACUUCUUCUGGGGGCUGACCCCGGCGGCAGGAGACUACAUCCUGAUCAGUUUUCUUCAGCCGCAGACUGUGAAAGGCUACCUAUUUCGUAGUGGAAACAUCGAGACAAAUGGAGACAAGUUUUACAACACCACGGUGGAAGUUCUCCCUAGUGACAAUAUCGACCAAAGGAUGCUGUCCAAGGAUGGCUUUGUUGUAAUAGGUUCUUUUGUGAAUGGACUAGCAGAAGGAACGAUUGAAUCACCUUUACAGAGGAUUUCUGCAAUGCGGCUUCUCAUUCACACUGACUCUGACUUCUGGGUGCUUCUCAGUGAGUCCUCAUGAGCUUGGGAUGUCUGAUGACCAUCCAGCCGGCCCAGAAUCCAUCAGGAG